UAUAAAAAUGACUCACAAGGCAAAUUUGGAUGUUCAGAAGAAGAAGCCAAUGGUUGUGCCAACGCAUGGCUUACCGGCUGGUGCGCGUAAAGGCUGCUUACCUUUGGGAUUACCGCAACCAUUGCUAUUGGAGGAGAAGAAAUUCCUGUUGGCGGUAGAACGUGGCGAUAUAGGCAAUGUGCGCAGAAUUCUUCAGAAGGCUCAUCGCAAGCAUCACAUCAACAUCAAUUGUAUGGAUCCAUUGGGCCGGCGUGCUCUGACCCUCGCCAUUGACAAUGAGAAUCUCGAAAUGGUUGAAUUGUUGGUGAUUAUGGGUGUAGAAACGAAGGAUGCUUUGCUGCAUGCCAUAAAUGCGGAAUUUGUGGAGGCAGUGGAGUUGCUGCUGGAACAUGAAGAGCUCAUUUACAAGGAAGGAGAGCCAUACAGUUGGCAAAAAGUGGAUAUCAACACAGCGAUGUUUCCGCCUGAUAUUACGCCACUCAUAUUAGCUGCUCACAAAAAUAAUUUUGAAAUUUUAAAGAUAUUGCUGGAUCGUGGCGCCGCCGUGCCAACUCCACACGACAUACGUUGCGGUUGUGAUGAAUGCGUGCGUCAGUCUAACGAGGACUCCUUACGUCAUUCACUGUCACGCGUUAAUAUUUAUAAGGCUCUGGCGAGUCCUUCGCUGAUUUGUCUCACCUCGAAUGAUCCAAUACUCACGGCGUUCCAGCUGUCAUGGGAACUACGUAAUUUGGCCUUUACAGAGCAGGAAUGCAAAGCUGAGUAUAUGGAGCUGCGUCGCCAGUGCCAAAAAUUUGCCGUCAAUCUGCUAGAUCAAACGCGUACCUCCAAUGAACUGGCUAUUAUACUCAACUACGACCCAGAGCUAUCCACUUACGAGCCAGGUGAUCGCAUGAGCCUGUCACGCCUUGAACAGGCAAUUGCAUAUAAGCAAAAGAAGUUUGUUGCCCACUCGAACAUCCAGCAAUUACUCUCCGCCAUUUGGUAUGAUGGUUUGCCUGGUUUUAGGCGCAAAAGUUUAUUCGAGAAAUUCUGGUGUAUCAUACAAGUGGCUGUACUAUUUCCGGUCUAUUGCAUGAUUUACAUGUUCGCACCGAAUUGCCGAACCGGCAUCCUGAUGCGUAAACCGUUUAUGAAAUUUCUCAUACACGCCUCAUCCUAUCUGUUCUUCCUGUUUAUACUAAUCCUGGUCUCACAACGUGCCGACGACGAUGUUAUAAAUCUUUUCGGCACCGAGCGCAUGCGGAAAGCGUUGGCCGAGGAACAGCUGCGUCAACGUGGCAAGGGACCGACCAAGUUGGAGUUGCUUGUGGUCUUCUAUGUGUUCGGCUUCAUGUGGGAGGAGGUGCAGGAGAUAUUUACGGUGGGCAUGAGGAGUUAUUUGCGGAAUAUGUGGAAUUUUAUUGAUUUUCUGCGCAACAGUUUGUACGUGAGCGUCAUGUGUCUGAGAUUUAUCGCCUACAUUCAGCAAACCAGUGAAAUCACCCACGAUCCGAAAAUGGCAUUUGUGCCACGCGAGAAAUGGGACGACUACGAUCCGCAACUAAUCGCCGAAGGAUUGCUCGCUGCAGCGAAUGUUUUCUCAGCACUCAAAUUGGUGCAUCUUUUCUCGAUCAAUCCACAUUUGGGACCACUUCAGAUCUCGCUCGGACGUAUGGUUAUUGACAUUGUAAAGUUCUUCUUCAUCUACUCGCUAGUAUUAUUCGCCUUCGCUUGUGGCUUGAAUCAAUUGCUUUGGUAUUUUGCCGACUUGGAGAAGAGCAAAUGCUACAGUCUGCCAGACGGUGCGGCGGAUUGGGCUGGUAAUGGUGAUUCAUGUAUGAAAUGGCGACGCUUCGGAAACCUUUUCGAGUCAUCGCAAUCACUCUUCUGGGCCAGUUUCGGCAUGGUUGGUCUUUCCGAUUUCGAGCUGACGGGCAUUAAGUCAUAUACUCGCUUCUGGGGCUUGCUGAUGUUCGGCUCGUACAGUGUCAUCAAUGUGAUUGUACUGCUGAAUCUACUCAUAGCCAUGAUGUCCAAUUCAUACGCAAUGAUUGAUGAGCAUUCUGACACGGAGUGGAAAUUUGCACGCACUAAACUCUGGAUGAGCUAUUUUGAGGAUAGUGCCACUCUUCCGCCACCCUUCAAUAUUAUGCCCUCGGCUAAGUGGCUAAUCAGGGUAUUCCGCAAGUCGAGCAAGGAAAUCGAUAAGAAACGUUCGAAGAAGCGACAGAUCAAGGAUCAGCAGAAUGCCUAUGAUAAUAUAAUGCGUUCAUUGGUUUGGCGUUUCAUUUCCGCAGAGCAUCGCAAAUUUGAAGAGAAUCCUGUCACAGAGGAUGACAUUAACGAAUUGAAAUGUGAGAUAUCAACGAUGCGCUAUGAAAUAUUGGACGUGUUCCAGAAUAGUGGAAUGGAUUGUUCGGGUGCGAGUAAGCCAGAGAAACCAUCACGCGUCAAGCGCAACAAAGUGUGGGAGCGUCGUCUAAUGAAAGGUUUCCAGGUUGCACCGGUUCAAGUGGUCUACGCCGAGGAUGGAAAUUUCAAUGUAAACGGCGAAGGGGAAAUCGAUGAAAUAAAAAUUGAAAAAGAGCCGUCGCGCGAUCCCAACGAAACGCCAAUCGAGCGCUUCCGACGCGUGGCACGCACAGUGGCCUCGCAAUCGGCGACACACAAGUGGGCAGUGGUGCUGCGUGGAGUAACUAAAAAUUCACAAAUUGGACGUUGCAGCAACUACCAUGAUGCAGAUAAUUUGCAGCAUCUUGGCAGGGCAAUCGAAGAGGCAAAGCGUUUAAUUCUGCUCAGCCCGACUUUCUCGCGUCCAGGCGUCGAGUCGCCCAUACCCAUUGAGUUCGAGGAUGAGAAGACAUCAACGCUGCUAGAAUUGCUCAAUAAAAUCAGCGAAGAGAUCGAUGACCGCUGUGAUCCACCUAACGCCCGAACUUUGGAAAUGAAAAAACGCGAGCUAUUGCGGAGCUUCCAAAACCAGCAGUCACACCAACAGCCUACCUUCAAAGAACAAACCUUUUUGCAGCAAAGCAAAACAAGCUGGGCGGCACCGGAACAACCACAGCUGAUACGCGCGAAGACAGCACCUGAAAUCGAGCUCAAUAAAACUGUUAAAUCAAACAAGACAAGCAAUGAGUUGCCGCUUUCCGCCAAUAAUUUGACAAAGCAACAGCAACCGGCGAAACCGCGUGCAACAAAGGCACAAGCGCCUGGCAAGGCAGUCAGUGCGGGAAGCAGUGGCGUUCCAAGUGGCUCACUGAAGAAGUCAGCCGCCCCACUACCACCACCGAGCUAUGUAGAAAGUAAUGCCACCCACAACAAAAAUAAAGGGAGUGCACCAGGUAGCCGGCAUACGCCAUUUUCUGUGGAGUUCGCUUAUUCCGGUCGACGGGCUGACUACACCGGACCCACCGCCAACGCCCACUCCUUCGACAUCGAUGUAGUCGAUCUGGAUGAUGCAGACAUGGAAGAUGGGCAUUAUUUCGACUCGAACGAUGAUAAUCUCUCCGAAGUGAGCUCUAUUGGGAAUAUGAGAGCAAUGCAGCUGGAGAGUGGCGCUAAGUCAAAGAAAGGAGGCCGUGCAGAGCUAACGCGGGGCUACAGCGUGGAAAAUGAAAAGCAGCCGAAAGGCACAAGGCAGCAGGAGGGUGCAGGAAUUAAUAAAAAUAACAACAAUAAUAGUAGUGGUGGAAGCGGCAGUAGGAGUGCAGCCCCACCAGUCGAUCGCAAUGGCAAGCAGUGGAUGUAAGCGUUUGUGGACUUGAGUUGCCUAUAGGCUGAUAUAUAAUUCAAUAUUUAACUGAAAUGGCUGCGUAUCUCCGUUAAAAACUUAAAACAAUAAUAGAAGUAUUGCAGAAAUUAUUGAAAUUAAAAUUAUGUAAAAAAUAUACAACACCGAUUGUGCCACCUCAAGCAACUAAGUGCCUCAUAUCCAUUUUGUAGCCAAACAAGAGAAAUUGUAUUGAGUAAAAUUGUAAAAUAGAAAACAAAUUUCUGGCGCAAUUAUGGGAAAUACUUGCCUACAGAAUGCAAUAAUAAAUCGUUAUUUAAAACAAA